GAACAUGAGCAGCUCGGGCCCCUCUUCGUCAGCAACGACCAGCGCAGCUGCCUCAUCUUCUGCCCUUCCAUCGACCUACUCCUCAUUUCAACCCCCGUCCACCCUCCACCUUCCGCCCAACUCUAUCGCAAUAGAAUACUGCGAUCGCUGUCGAUGGCAGCAUCGUGCUUCGUGGACACAGACUGAGCUGCUUGUCACCUUUGGACCAAAGCCAGCGCCUUCAGCCGCCAUCCUGCCCAAGGUGGAAGAGGAUUCGGCGGGCAGGUUCAGGGUGUGGGUGUACCAUCGUCCCAAUGAGGGGCAAGGGGCAGGUGAGGAGGUGAAAGCGACAUGCAUAUACGACAGGAAGACUAUGGGGCGCUUUCCAGAGAUGAAGGAGCUGAAACAGCUCGUGAGGGAUAUCAUCUCGCCCGGAGCAUCGCUGGGACAUUCAGAUAAAAAGGGAACUGCAGAGCCCGUGACGACGAAAGAGGCUACGCAAUCGGCUGCAGAGCAGGCUGAGACCAAGGCGAGGCAGUGCGAGGAUUGCUAG